AUGGUGACACUAGUGGUAGGUGCUGAGUGCUAUGACAUAAUGGCCAUGGUGGGGAAGGGGACUUUUGGACAGGUGAUCCAGGGGCAGUGCAGGAGCACUGGGGAGAUGGUGGCCAUCAAGAUCCUGAAGAACUGUGAUCAUGAUGGCCAAAUAGUGAAGAAUGAACUGAGGCUGCUGCAGGCUUUGCAGGAGGGGAACACAAAGGACUCUCACAUCAUCCAUUUCCUCGAGUCCUUCAGUGACACGGUCUGGACCUACCUGGUCUUUGAGCUGCUGCAACAAAACCUCUUUGACUUCCAAAAGCAGAACAACUUCUCACCUCUGCCAGUCCAACACAUCCGUACCAUCACAGCACAGGUGCUUGUGGCACUGGUCAAGCUGAAGGAGCUGUCCAUCAUCCAUGCUGACCUUAAGCCAGAGAACAUCAUGCUGGUGGACCAUGCACGCUAUCCAUUCCGCAUCAAACUUGUUGACUUUGGCUCGGCUAUCCUCCUCCCUGAAGUCUGCCAUGUCCAGGAGCCCUACAUCCAAACCCGCUUCUACCGGGCACCAGAGAUAUUGCUGGGGUUGCCCUUCUGCGAGAAGGUAGACAUCUGGUCUUUGGGCUGCGUGAUGGCCGAGCUUCACUUGGGUUGGCCACUCUACCCUGGCAAUGACGAAUAUGACCAGGUAUGCUACAUCUGCUCUACCUUGGGGCUACCCCGGGGUGAGCUGCUCUGCGCUGCCCAGAAGACACAGUCCUUCUUCCAACGUGUGCCAUGUUCCACUGGUACCUGGCAGCUCAAACCACCAGGGAAGGUGAUAGCAAAGCCGAUGGAGAGGAGGAAGCAUAUCUUUUCCUCACUGGAUCAGUUGGCAGUGGUGAAUGUCUGCCCGAUGCCUGAUCCUGAUCAGGAGAAGCUAGCCAAGCAUUGUGAUCUGUACAGGAUGGUGGAGCUGGUCAAGAGGAUGCUCACUUGGGACUCACAUGAGCGAAUCACACCCAGUGCUGCCCUUCAUCAUCCCUUCAUCUCCACGCAGGAGGUGAAGGCCAGCUUUGAGGCCACCCAGUACUACCAGCAACAUGAGCCACACACAGGGGAGCUGAGCCUCUGAUCCAGCAGCCCUGGAGACACUGCUCCUGAGAAUUCUUUUUCCCUGAGAUCUCUGCAUGCUCUUUCAAUACAGGUGUACAAAGCAUCCACCUUUCUGCAUCACAGGGGAGUGUACAUAAAGGAAGUCUUGAGUUAAACAAAUUUUAAAAAAACCCUGUCUGUUGUUUCUUGCAUGGUCAAACUCUCUAUAGAACAAUCAGAAGCACCACUUGGGACUGGGUUUGGUUUGAUGGCUUUAUUGUUUCAAUCACAAAUGUCAGGUAAAAUGGUCAACAUUCUUCUGAGAUAUCUGCAGCCUUUGAUGGUCACUGGCAGGUUAUCCUGGGAAGCUUGGUGGCCAGUACUGAACAGGUCUGUACAGAACCCAUAUGCACUUGAAAUCAUUGGCAAAGAGUGAGGCAACUGUUGCAAUGUUGCAAAUGUUGCUACUUUUUAGUCCUCCUCUCUUGAGGAUGAAUGAAGAUAGUUCCCUUUCUUCAUUCUUGCACCAUCCUACCCUGAGCUUCUGCCAUCAAGAGGCUCUUUCUCUCCCUGAUGGAACAGCUGAGCAGGCUCCCAUGGCCACAUCCCAGCUGGUGGUGAGACUGCCCUGUUUCUCCUGGGAGAUGGAAUGUCUGGCUGGCUUCUAUUCAAGUUCUCCCCCUCCUCAGUUUGUGUGGGCUUUCUCCACCUCCUUGAGUUCUUGAAAUCUCCUUGCAGCUUCAGACCUGUCAUUUUCUGGCACACUUGACAUGACAUGCAGAAGACUGAAGCAGCAGAAGGCUUUGGAAAAUAAAUCUGUUUUCCAGCCAUGUCUGUCCCUUUCAGUCAGUGACUCAUCUUUAUACUCUCAGAUGUCCAUUUUGCCCCCUUUCACAAGUGGCCCUUCUCAGAAAGCAAGCAUCUGGCAAUUUACACAAGCCCAGUUUAGUGCCUAACAGUGAGGGAGAAGAAAUGGCCUGUCAAACUGCAGGACAGACAGAACUCACCUGGACAAGCAGACAUUCUCUCCUAUGACAAAAAGCAAAACCCAUCAGAGAAGAACAGCAAAAGGUUCAGUAACACCAGCAAGAGUAGAUUCUGAACAUCCUUUCACACUUGUUCCUACCUGGCACAGAGGACUAAAUAUGUAUUUUGGCAGAGAGAUGUCUUGAGCCAUCAUUCAUCUUGUACUACUGCCCAUCCCUGGCCUGCAAAAACAAGGUAUCUUCAGAUGAACUGCAGGGGUUUUUAAAGCAAAACCGCAGCUGGGACACACUGAAGGACACAAUUCACCAAUGCAAAUCACUGAGUAGAUUUUCACCCUCAGGAAACAGUAACACUCAAAAAUUAUCUUUAGAGUCAUUAAGAAAUGUCCUGAGAAAACCAUGUCACCAAUCACAGGAUGAAGGUGUAAAAAUAGAUCACCUUUGUUCACCAAAAGCAGGCAUUGCCAUUUCAGCAUUUCAGUGGCAAAAAAGUGCUCUGCACCAGCCCAGCUCUGUACAAGCCGAGUCAGGGCUGAUCUUCACACUGGAGUCUUCUCUUGCCACAAGGGCAAGGUCCAGCUGCAGCAUUGAUUGUACACAGACAGCUGCACUCAGCCAUUGAGUGCACACAUAACAAUUUCCAAAUCAGGAUUCUCGUCCAGGAAAGGUCUCUUUCCAAGCAGAAAAGUUGCAGUGCACUUGUUUACAUACCUUGCUCAUCUUUCUGCCACAUAAAGCAUGACUUCUGCUCAAGCACAGUCAGGACAUUGAAGGAUGUCCUGUAAACCUCUCAAAGGCAGUGUUCAGUUGAUCAAACCUUGAAAGCAAGCACAGACCUAACUGUUGCAAUCAUGAAAUUAGUGGAAAAGACCCAGAAGAUUGAGACCAAUUGCUCAUCCACCACUGCCAAGGCCACCACUAAACUAUGGCCCCAGGUGCCACAUCUACAUGGCUUUUAAACUCUUCGAGGGAUGGGGACUCUACCACUAUUCUGGACAGUCUGUGCCAGGGCUGGACGAGCCUUUCCACAGAGAUUCUUACUGAUGUCCAACCUGAACCUCCCCUGCAACAACUUGAGGCCAGUCCCUCUUGUCCUGUCCUUUGUUCCCUGAGAGCAGAGCCUGACCCUCACAUGGCUGCAUCUGCCUGCCCAGAGGGUUGUGGAAAGCAAGUCCUCUCAAGCCUCCUUUUCUCCAGGCUGAAUCCUCCCAGCUCCCUCAGCUGCUCCGUGUGCUCCAGACCCUUCCGCAGUUCUAUUCUCUUUCCUGGACAUACUCCUGCCCCACAAUAUCUUUUUUGUAGAGAAGCACCAAGAACUGACCCCAGGACGAGAGGUGCCCUCACCACAGGUGGGUGGUCACUGCCCUGGUUCCACUGGCCACACUGUGGCUGGUACAGUGGCUGUGCCAUUGGCCUCCUUGCCUGUCUGGGCACAACUGGGCUCCUGUUCAGCCGACGUGUGCCCAGGGGGGCAGGGAGAUGAACGGGCAGACCUUCCCAGCCGAGCAGCGC